GUUUGUGUAUGAAUUUAAAAUCUGGUCUUAAGUGAGCCACCACACCGACAGUGUGUUAUUUGUUUGUUGGUAAGGCAGUUUCAGUUUACAGCACUUUAGCUGUCAAAAUCCCAUUCCUCCACAAAAGGCUCUAUUACUAACAAUCUCAAUUAAAUUGAUAAGAAAAUGCUAGAAGGCUGGUAUUGUCGCACAAUGGCUAAUGAACAAGCUGCACAACAGGAGGAAACAUCAGAUCCGAAUGAAAAUUCAGGUUCAGACGAUGAACAAGUACAAAGACACACUAUGACAGGAAAAUCCGAUGAAGCAGAACCGGAUUACAAAGAGAAAUAUCGUCAGUUGAAACGAAAGUUUAAAUUUUUGAUAUACGAAAAUGAAAGUUUUCAAGAAGCAUUGCGUGUGAAUCAACGUCGUCUGCUUAAGAUUGAUAGAGAUUCAACAUUUUUGUUGGAACGUUUGUUGAUGUACGAAAAACCAGAAAAUACAUCAUCAGAAAGCGAAGAAACAGAAUCAUCCGAUGACGAUGCUACACCAGUGCCAAAGAGGUAUAAAUUGGAUGAAAAUACUUCAAAUGCUGCAGUACGUGGGCGCAAGAGAAAGGGAUUUGCAUUGCCACCAGUAACAGCUGACAGUAGUUAUGCUGAGAGCGAAAAGCAAGAGCAACAAACCACAUUGGACACACAACAAGGACAUAUGACAGCCGCUGAAGUCGAACGACAUCUUCAAUCAAGACAAACUGUUAUGGAAUUAAUGCCUGAACGCGCUCCCGCCACUGUACCCACAGAAAUGUUUAGCAAUGAACCCUCUUUAGACAGUGAAUCGAAUGACCACAUAAUUGACGGCUCUUCGCCUACGCAUGUAGCCGCAGAGGAGUGCGUUCCCAUGGAAUAUGUUAAUUAGACUAAAGUUAUUGUUUAAUGCAAAUUUGGCAAAGGCGAAUAAAAUUAAAAGAAAUACG